AGCGAAAAUAACCGGAUCGGAAACACUGUUUAAAAUAGCUCGCAAUCCUCCACGGAAUUUCACAAACAAGCUUCAUCUGGGUUCAAGUGGGUUUGUUCCAAAACCCAAGAACCGAAGAGAGAUUUCCAGCUCCCCACACACACACACACAUACAUGCAGUAUUUAUGCAAUAGGUUUUGGGAUACAGUCGGAUAUCCUGUGUGGGUGUUUUACUCUACAUCGUUUUGCAUACCUAGGCGAAAUAUAUAAACGUUUCACCAUACGUCCCCGUGCCUUGCCAUUUAAUUAGAUCCCCGGGGUGCGGGUCUGUUUGGCACCGUGUCUGCGUGCAAGCGAAACCGGCUGGGUUUUUUGCUCCCGGAGCCCUGGCCGCGGUCCUCGCGCGAAUUCACUUCUGCACCGGCGGCGCGGGAAGAAAAUCGAGCCCGCAGUCCAGCUGCUGCUGUUGGGGUAAAGUGUUCUGCAAGACUCGGACAGACGACAAAUCUAAGCGUUGCAGCCGCCGACAAGCAGAGUGUAAUGUUUUGGUCGAUGCGCGAGUCGCUGUGGGAAUGAGACUGCGUGGCAGGGAUUUGGAGGAUUCCACUGUCUCCUGGAUACCAAGCGUCCUGGGUGUGCAGAGCGUCAGGCUCCGCCUUCGCCUUGAUCGCCGUGACGACAGGGGGAGGGGCUUUUGGCAACUGGUUGACCUGGGAGAGGAAGCGCAGAGUGGGCAGCGGAUACGUGAUAGGACACCUCCUACUUGUUCACAAAGUCUCAUGAGUAUUCCUGCUGCUGCUUCAGUUCAGUCAGGGGGUGGAGAGAUGCAAUCACCUGGGGCCAUUAGCCCCUCCUUCCUCCCGCCCCCAAGUGGAAAAGUUCCAGGUCGCAAGAGGGGUCGCCCACCCCUGAAGAGGCACCCGGAAUAUCAGAGUCGCUACCCAGAAUCCCUCCCACCCAUUAAAGUGCCUAAGAAAAGAGGGAGGAAGCCUGGCUUUAAGCUGAAGUCCCGCUUGAUGACACCCCUGGCUAUCUCUCCUCCCAGCAGCACUCCAGAACCAGACAUGAGCUCAAUCCCCCAGGACGCUGCUACUAUCCCCCACUCAGCCACCCCACAGGUCCUCACAGUGUGUAUCUACGUGAAUAAGCAGGUGAACACGGGUCCUAACCUGGACAGGCAGAAGGUGCUGCAACUGCCGGAUCACUUGGGUCCCGCCAGGCCCUCUGUGGUGUUGCAGCAGGCGGUACAGGGCUGCAUUGACAGCGCGUUUCAACAGAAAUCCGUCUUCACCUUGCUUACAGAGGGCUACGGAGGAGAAAAGAUCUCAGCCACCUUUGAUGGUAAACAGCAUCUGUUGAGUUUGCCAGUGGUCAACAGUGUAGGUUAUGUUCUGCGCUUCCUCAAGAAGUUGUGCCGAAGCCUGAUGUGUGAGAACCUCUUCAGUGACCAGCCCAUCGCUCCUUCAUCGUCCCCCUCCUCCUCUUCCUCAUUCCACACUGAAAAGCACUCAGACGGACAGCCCAAGUCAACAGACUCAAUGGUGGAUGAUUACCAUGGCGAUUCAAUUGACCCCAAGCGCUAUUCUGUUGACCCCAGCGACUCUGCCUUUGGAGCGAUGUCCUCACCUUACACGGCGAGUAAACCUACGUAUGGUUUUCGUUCUGGCCCCGCCUACUCUGGAGGCGUGUGCAGGCAGGCAGCCAGUCCCAGCACAUUCCAGGAAGGAAACAGAAGUGCCUACAGCCCAUCCCCAGAGGGAGGGGAGGCGAAGCCCCCACCCAGUAAGGAUCCCUCCAGGUGGAGUGUGGAUGAGGUGGUGUGGUUUAUCAAAGAUGCAGACCCUCAAGCACUGGGCCCUCACGUGGAUCUCUUUAGAAAACAUGAGAUUGAUGGGGAUGCUCUUCUUCUCCUGAAGAGUGACAUGAUCAUGAAGUACCUGGGACUCAAACUGGGCCCGGCUCUCAAGCUCUGCUACCACAUCGACAAGCUAAAACAGAACAAGUUCUGACCGGUCUCCGCACCUUUUAAACACACACACACACAAACACAGAUGGAUUCACUCACAGUAUUUACUCUCACUCACAUUUGUUGUAGUACAGGACGUUUUUGUCCCCCAUUCUUUGGCCAUUCAAGGACAAGCACCAGAACAUUUUUUUUUUACUCGUGUGGUUUGUCUGCCUGUGUAUUGGGACAUUUCACUGACCAGAACAUUUCCUUGUUUUUGGAAAUUUUAAGUGUUUUAUUGAUUACUUGAUAUCUGAACACUGCUCUAAUCAAAAGGCAAGUCAUCUCAGCUGCUUUCUGGGAUUUGAGUUUUUUGUCCUCAAGCGAGAGUGCAGAUGAAUUUUAUCUGUAAAUCAUGCUUCUUCAAAUGGACGGAGCUGUAACAAACCUAUUAGGUCACAGACAGGCUUUUUUACAAAGCCGUGGACUGUGACUAAAACCCUGUGAACUUCAGCCACCUGCUGGUGAAAAGGAGUCACUGCAACUCUGUGACACUUUACCACAGUUGUAACCAGGAACCAUUCAGCUUUUUAUUUUUUAGAGAGCUACUUUGAAGGCCUAUAACCUAGGAGAUCAGUUACUAACAGAAUUCAGCAUUGGGCUUUUGACUGAACAGAUACAAUACGCACACAGUCUUGGCAGGGUACAACUAUGAUGAACAGUUACACUUUGCAACCAGCAAAUAACAGGCACAAAUGCAACUCUAUUCAGCAAUGGACCGGUCGUGUCUUUGGAAAGCCACCCAGCCAACCAGAGUCAGAACAAAACAGGAUACACUACAAAGAAGUUACUGCUACAAUAAAACGCUGCAUUACAAACAUAGUAAUGCACACCAGGUGCUGUUUCUCAACCAGCAAGUCAAGUUGAACUAAAAACAACUAAACUGGUAUUAUACGUUUCAUACUGUGGACCAAAUACACUGCAAUUCUCAUCAGUCCCAAAAUUUCUUUUUGGAGCAGAGGCCUCAUAUUGGAAACUGCUCUGAUACUACACAAAUGUCAGCUUGUGAUUUACUUACAAAAUAUGUAGCACUAUACAAUAAGGUUCAGUUGAUUCAAUACAAUGGGUAUCAUGAACUAACAUUUAUCUAGGUUAAUGAUAAUUUCUACAUACUACUGUUCAAAAUAAAUUAAUUCUUUUAUUCAGCAAGGAUGCAUUUAACAAUAACAGUAAACUGAUAGUAACAUUAUUACAAAAAAAUUAUAUUUCAUAUAAAAUAAAUAAAUUAAAAUAAAUUUGAGUAACUUUCUAUUCAUCAAAGAAUCCUGAAAAAGGGUCAUUGUUUCCACAAAAAUAUUAAGCAGCACA